AUGGCUUAUACCACUUUGAUCAGCAUAAUCCUUAGUCAUUUUUUGUUACUAACGACUAAAACAUUGGCUGGAAAAGUUCCAGCAAUUAUAGUGUUCGGCGAUUCGUCGGUGGAUUCAGGGAAUAACAACCAGAUCUCCACUGUUCUUAAGAGCAAUUUCGAACCGUACGGCCGCGAUUUCUACGAUAAAAAGCCAACUGGUAGGUUCUGCAAUGGGCGAAUUCCACCGGAUUUCAUAUCGGAGGCUUUUGGGGUGAGGCCAUUUGUUCCAGCUUAUUUAGAUCCGGCGUUUAGUAUAUCUGAUUUUGCAGAAGGUGUUUGUUUUGCUUCUGCUGGUACUGGUUAUGAUAAUGCCACUUCUGAUGUGCUCGAUGUGAUCCCAUUGUGGAAGGAAGUUGAGUACUACAAGGAAUAUCAAAAGAAACUUGAAGCAUACGCAGGUAAAAAGAAAGCCAAAUACAUAAUAAAAGAGUCACUCUAUUUAAUCAGCAUUGGAACAAAUGACUUCUUGGAAAAUUACUAUUCAAUGCAAAGCCAACGCUCUUCUCAAUACACAGAAGAUCAAUUUCAAGAUUUUCUUCUUCGACUUGCUCAGAACUUCGUGCACCAAAUUUAUCGCAUGGGUGCUAGGAAAAUUUCGUUAACUGGAGUUCCUCCAAUGGGGUGUUUGCCAUUGGAAAGAGCAACAAAUUAUGUAGGUGGAAAUGGAGAUGGAUGUAAUGAGAAGUAUAAUAAUGUUGCUAAGCAUUUCAAUGUCAUGUUGAGUGGUUUGGUUGAGAGGUUAAAUCAAGAGCUUCCUGGGAUUAGAGUGGUCUUUGCUGAUGCUUAUAAUCUCUUGCUACAAAUGAUUACAAAUCCUUCUUCAUAUGGGUUUGAAGUGUCAAGUGUAGCAUGUUGUGGCACAGGAUUAUUUGAGAUGGGUUUUUUGUGCGAUAAAUUAAGUCCAUUGACAUGCACAGAUGCAAAUAAGUUCGUAUUUUGGGAUGCAUUUCAUGUGACAGACAAAACAAAUCACAUUAUUUCUGAUUUCUUGAUGGAACAUGUCCUUGACCAAUUUUUAUAGUUAUGUUGGAUCAUCUAAUAUGGAUUUUGUAGGAGGAUGCAUAGAUU